UAAUCUCUACGCUUCUCUUUCUGCAAUUACUCUUUGAGAGCAUCUCUCUCUAGAAUAUUGAGUAUUACUGACUUGAGCGUUGGAGUGUUUUCCCCGAGGAAACAACCUUAGGAUUUUCAAGUGUAGAAGCAGCUAAGGACUUUAACAGUGUUGGACUGCGAAGCUGCCCAAACAUUGGCGCCGUCUGUGGGAAACACGAACAAGGAGUCGUGUGGCUUAACUUGCUAAAAGAUAGUAUGGUUCGUACCUUUACAGGAGGCCGCCCUCCAAGAAAUGAAAUGGACGAACAGGAGGACAUUCAUGUAUCUGAACCCGACUUGAAUGACUUUAGGCCAAUGCCAAGAAAUCUUUUUGUAGGAGGAGCCGAACGGGAUCACCUAAGUGAGACAGAUGAUGAAAGAACACCAACUGGGUCAACAGAACCUACUUGGACAACCGAACUCGAAGAGAGAACCAGAGUUCUCGAAAUGGCAAUGGGUAAAAUCCUUGCCCGUUUAAUUCCUGAUGACCCCUUGAUUCCUUUGCUGAAUAGAGAUGCACAACCGGCUGCGGUUGUUGCAACUCAAAACUUCCCCGCUCUCAGCAACAUAGUAGUGCCGACCAGGCCAAGGGGAAGCCGGAAGCUGAAUAUCGAGCCCAGCUCGUCCAAACAUAGUGAAGAACUGAUGAGAAAGAACACAGACCUUGAAAGACAGCUGUGGGACGUGCAAAAGUCUAUUGACGAGCUGAAAAGUCCCAGGUCGAAUCAACAGACUCUGGAUUUGGAUAGCGCACCACUAAACUUAUCAAUUACGGCAGAGUCGUAUCAAGAGGGAUUCAAAAUUCCCCACCUGGAGACAUAUGAUGGCUCGGGUGACCCUGAUGAACAUCUGCACACCUAUCAAGCCAUCAUGAAAAUCCAAAACGCCAAUGAUGCCAUGAUGUGCAAAGUGUUCCCAGCAACACUCAAGUCAACAGCCAGGAGAUGGACUUUCAGUCGUCCAAGCGACGAGCUGAUGAUAAGCCGAGCAAAGGCUAGGAACAACAACCGAGAAGAGAAGAGAAGAAGAAGCAGAAGGAGACCUCCACCCCCACUGCAUGAUUCCUCGAGGGCAGACAAGAGCAAGCAUUGUGACUACCACCGUGUAUAUGGUCACAAUACAGAGGAUUGCCAACACUUGAAGGACGAGUUGGAGUUUUUGGCUCGUAACGGGAAGUUAGAAGGAGCAUACCGAGGACGUCCGUUCAACAGGAGAGGACAGGGAUCGAGAACUACCGCCCCGAAUCAAAAAGACAGGAAAGGGGUAGGUUAUGCUGGGAUACCCCCACCCUCUGGUACCAUAAACAUGAUAUCAGGUGGUGUUCACUCCGGAGGUCAAAGCGCCCGAGGUCGCAAGGCGUAUGCACGCCAGGUGAUGACAAUCAACAAAAACAGGCCUUUGAAACGCCCGUUUGAAGAAGCAGAAUGGGAAAAUGCGCCCAUCACAUUCAGCCCGGUAGACUAUAAGCGAGCAGAAGGAAAGCCCGACGUUAUGAUGCCGCAUGGAGAUCCUUUUGUGGCAACGGUUCAUAUAGGCAACCAUAAUGUCAACAAAGUCUUUGUUGAUACGGGUAGCUCGCUGGAUAUCCUGUAUUGGAGUUGCUUUCAGAAAAUGCAGCUGAAUCCAAACUCACUGCAAAAACACGAAGGGCCUAUAUAUGGGUUCGACAAUCAGCCCGUCUCGGUUGAAGGAAUCAUUACCCUUCCCAUCUAUGUGGGCUCGGAGCCACGGUUUAGGAUGGCUUCUGUUACCUUCCUGGUCGUCAAGAUGGAGUCAGCUUUCAACACUAUACUGGGAAGAGCUACUCUUUGCGAGCUGAAGGCUGUCAUCUCACAACCUCAUCUCUGCAUGAAAUUCCCAACUCCUCAGGGGGUAGGAGUGCUUAAAGGGAACCAGAAGAUGGCAAGAACAUGCUACCAAGAUACCUUCAAGAAGGUUGAGCUCGCUGCUGCUCCUAUAGGCUCUGAAAAACCAGUGGAGUCGGUAGAAACGGUCCCUCUGAACCCUGAUGUGCCAGAAAGAAUGGUUAAGAUCGGCACCAAACUCAUAGAGGAGGAACGGGCAGAGCUUCUGGAGUUUUUGAGGGACAAUCAAGACGUGUUUGCGUGGACUACGGAUGAAAUGCCGGGCAUCCCCGCAGAGUUGACAGUCCACAAGCUAAGCACGGACCCCACCAAAAGGCCGGCAGGUUUCAUCAGAAGAAUGGAGUACUCUGAGUGGGUAUCUAACCCCGUGCUCGUCAAAAAGCCGAAUGGCAAGUGGAGGAUGUGUAUUGAUUUCACUAACUUAAAUGAGGCGUGUCCAAAAGACCCUCAUCCCUUGCCAAAUGUUGAGAAGCUAGUAGAGCGGGCAGCCGGACAUGAGCGGAUGAGUUUCCUGGAUGUCAGCUCAGGUUAUCACCAGAAUGCUGGUGCAACAUACCAGAAACUUGUACAAAUCAUCUUUAAGCUCCAGAUCAGCAAAAACAUAGAAGUAUAUGUGGAUGACAUGAUAGUCACUAAUGUGCGAGCUGAAGACCAUAUAGGUGACCUGAGUGAGACCUUUCAAAACUUGCGCCGAGCACAAAUGAAGCUGAAUCCCUUGAAAUGCACAUUUGCUGUAGAGUCAGGAAAAUUACUGGGAUACGUGGUAUCCAAGAAAGGAAUUGAAGUAAAUCCAGAAAAGGUUGAGGCUAUUCAGCAGAUGGAGCAGCCAAGGACUAUCAAAGACGUGCAGCGUUUAACGGGCCGUGUUGCUGCGCUGCACAGGUUUAUAGCCAGGUCGGCAGAAAGAUGCCUUCCGUUCUUCAAGGCCCUAAGAGAGCCCAAGAACUUUCAAUGGACCGAUAUGUGUCAGCGGGCCUUUUACGAGCUCAAACAAUACCUGGCGUUAGCACCCCUACUGUCCAAGCCUGUGGAGGGGGAGAGUUUGUACCUGUAUUUAGGGGUUACAACAGAGGCGAUUAGCUCGGUCUUACUCAGGGAAGAGAAUAAGAACCAAAACCCUAUUUGUUAUGUGAGCAAGGUCUUACAAGGCGCCGAGCAGAACUACCCACUAGCAGAAAAGGCUGCUUUUGCCUUAGUUUACACAGCUUGCCAGGCCGUUGCAGACUUUCUGGUGGAGUGCAUCUCGACGACUAAAGAAGAAAAAGCACCUGAACAACCAAUCUGGGUUUUGUAUGUUGAUGGAGCCGCUAAUGUUGAAGGAGCGGGUGCAGGGGCUGUGCUGGUGGGCUCAGAUGGUUUUAAGUCUGAGCAUGCACUGAGAUUUAAGUUUCAGACGACUAACAACGCUGCAGAAUAUGAAGCCCUCAUUUACGGAUUGAAGUUGGCGUCCGAGCUGAAGGCACAAAGCAUUCAGGUUUUUAGCGACUCUAAGCUCGUUGUAGGCCAGGUGAAAGGCAGCUAUGAAACGAGGGAUCCACAGCUUGCUCGUUAUGCUUCCGUGUUAGCCUCCGCGCAAGAGACCAACCCUCAUAGGUCAACAACAGUCGAGGUACUUGAUGCUCCGAGCUAUACUGAUUUCACACUUGAGUGUCAACUACUCAGCACAGAUCCCUGUUCACUGAGCUGGACCGCCCCGCUCAUAAAUUAUCUGCAAAGUGGCGAGUUACCUGAAGAUCAGUCUGCUACAAAAUUGAUUAAACGCAGGGCGGCACAUUUCACUUUGAUAGAUAACCAGCUUUACAAAUGGGCAGCCUCUAUGCCCCUAUUACACUGCCUUACUCCUUACGAAGCUGAAUACGCUGUGAGGGAAGUUCACGAAGGAGUAUGUGGCACACACAUAGGUGGCAAAACUUUAGCUUGGAAACUCCUGAGGCAUGGUUAUUACUGGCCCACUAUGGUCGAGGACGCACAGAACUAUGUCAAAAAAUGUCCGACCUGCCAGUUCAACGCUGAUGACAUACACAUGCCAGUCGUUGCAGUGGAUUACUUCACUAAGUGGAUAGAAGCUAAACCAUUGUCCACGACAACAAAAAAGAAAAUAGAAGAAUUCUUGUUCAAUUCAAAAUUGUGCAGGUUCGGCAUACCUAAGCGGAUUAUAGCCGACAAUGGGCCACAGUUCCGAGCAGCAGCACUGAGAUCGUUUUGUAACAACUAUGGCAUUGAGCUCGCCUUGACAUCGGUGUAUACUCCACAGUCUAACAGACAAGCCGAGUCCGCCAAUAAAAUCGUCUUGCGAAGCCUUAAGACACGUGUUUUAGCGGCACAUUUGAAUUGGGUCGACGAGCUCAAUAAAGUGCCCUGCUCUUGUCGCACUACACCCAGCUCGGCCACAGGCGAAACUCCUUUCAGCCUGGCCUAUGGAGCUGAGGCCGUCAUCCCAGUAGAAGUUGGAUUGCCAUCUAAUCGAGUAGGCCGGCAUGACGAUCUCAACAACGAGCAAUUGUUGCGAGAAAACCUAGACUUCAUGGAAGAGGUCAGGGAGAUGUCUAGAAUAAGAAACAUGGCGCAUCAAAGUCAUGUUGCAAAAUUUUAUAAUACGCUAGUUCGAGCUCGUCAAUUUCAGGUUGGCGAUCUGGUUCUACGCAAGGCUGGAUUAACCAACACUUAUUCAUACAUGGGCAAGCUCGCCCCUAAUUGGGAGGGCCCAUAUAUGGUUGUUCGAGUUAAGCGGCCUGGCUCUUACGUGUUAGCAGAUGUACACAGGCGUCAGUUACCUUACCUUUAGAACGUACAGAAUCUUAGAAAGUUUUACAGUUAACAUAUGUAAUAUUAUUUUGUUUCAGGAGUUAUCCAACAGUUAUAAACAAAGAUAUACAGA